GAGAGAGAGAGGAGCGCAGCUUGGGAAGGACUUGUCUUCCUGGCUUUUUUUUUUUUUUUUUUUUAAUUCCACAUCUUUUCCUUCUGUCCUUUUCACUUGUGUGCAAGCCAGUGUGAAAACCAUGGAGCAGAGAACCUGGACCCUGCAGUGUACAGUUUUAGCUCUCUUUUGCGCCUGGUUUGCAUUGCAGAGUGUAAAAGCGAAGAAGCAAUUUGUAAAUGAAUGGGCGGCAGAAAUCCCCGGGGGACCUGAGGCGGCCUCUGCUAUAGCCCAGGAGCUGGGAUACGACCUUUUGGGUCAGAUUGGCUCUCUUGAAAAUCACUACUUAUUCAAGCAUAAAAAUCACCCACGAAGGUCUCGAAGAAGUGCACCUCAUAUCACUAAAAGAUUAUCUGAUGAUGAUCGUGUGAUAUGGGCUGAACAACAGUAUGAAAAAGAAAGAAGUAAGCGCUCAGUUCUAAGAGACUCAGCACUGAAUCUCUUCAAUGAUCCAAUGUGGAAUCAGCAGUGGUAUUUGCAAGAUACCAGGAUGACUGCAGCUCUGCCCAAGCUAGAUCUCCAUGUAAUACCUGUUUGGCAAAAAGGCAUCACAGGCAAAGGAAUUGUUAUCACUGUACUGGAUGAUGGCUUAGAGUGGAAUCACACAGACAUCUAUGCCAAUUAUGAUCCAGAGGCUAGUUAUGAUUUUAAUGAUAAUGACCAUGAUCCAUUUCCCCGAUAUGAUCCCACAAAUGAAAACAAACAUGGGACCAGAUGUGCAGGAGAAAUUGCCAUGGAAGCAAAUAAUUACAAGUGUGGGGUUGGAGUUGCAUACAAUUCCAAAGUUGGAGGCAUAAGAAUGCUGGACGGCAUUGUGACCGAUGCUAUUGAGGCCAGUUCAAUUGGGUUCAAUCCUGGACAUGUGGAUAUUUACAGUGCAAGCUGGGGCCCUAAUGAUGAUGGGAAAACUGUGGAAGGGCCUGGCAGAUUAGCCCAGAAAGCUUUUGAAUAUGGUGUCAAACAGGGACGUCAAGGAAAGGGCUCCAUCUUUGUCUGGGCCUCUGGGAAUGGUGGACGUCAGGGGGAUAACUGUGACUGUGAUGGCUACACGGACAGCAUCUACACCAUCUCCAUCAGCAGCGCCUCGCAGCAGGGACUCUCCCCCUGGUAUGCUGAGAAGUGCUCCUCCACACUGGCCACCUCCUACAGCAGCGGGGAUUACACGGACCAGCGAAUUACGAGCGCUGACCUGCACAAUGACUGCACAGAAACCCACACUGGCACCUCGGCCUCCGCACCUUUGGCUGCUGGUAUCUUCGCUCUGGCCCUGGAAGCCAACCCAAAUCUCACCUGGCGAGAUAUGCAGCACCUGGUUGUCUGGACCUCUGAGUAUGACCCUCUGGCCAGUAACCCUGGAUGGAAGAAGAAUGGAGCAGGCUUGAUGGUAAACAGUCGGUUUGGAUUCGGAUUGCUAAAUGCCAAAGCUCUGGUGGACUUGGCUGAUCCAAAGACGUGGAGGACUGUGCCUGAAAAGAAGGAAUGUGUUGUAAAGGACAACAGCUUUGAGCCUAGAGAACUAAAAGCAAAUGGAGAAGUUGUUAUUGAAAUUCCAACAAAAGCCUGUGAAGGACAAGAAAAUGCUAUUAAAUCCCUGGAACAUGUACAAUUCGAAGCAACAAUCGAAUAUUCCCGUAGAGGGGAUCUUCAUGUCACACUCACUUCUGCUGCUGGGACCAGCACCAUACUGUUGGCUGAAAGAGAACGGGACACAUCUCCCAAUGGCUUCAAGAACUGGGACUUUAUGUCUGUUCACACAUGGGGAGAGAAUCCUAUAGGCACCUGGACUUUGCGAAUUACAGAUAUGUCUGGAAGAAUACAAAAUGAAGGAAGGAUUGUGAACUGGAAGCUGAUUUUGCAUGGGACCUCUUCUCAACCAGAACACAUGAACCAACCUCGUGUGUACACAUCCUACAACACUGUUCAGAAUGACAGAAGAGGGGUAGAGAAGAUGGUGGCUCCUGGAGAGGAGCAACCGACACAAGAGAACCUGCAUGAGAACAUCCUGACCUCAGCUCUUCCCACCGGUGCUAUGGUGGGGGGCGGGAGGAACGAGGUGGCAGAGGGAGCCCCUUCAGAGGCCAUGCUGAGACUCCUGCAAAGUGCUUUCAGCAAAAACUCAUCUCCAAGGCAAUUGCCAAAGAAACCCCCAAGUGCAAAGCUCAACAUUCCCUUAAAAAAUUUCUAUGAGGCCCUGGAAAAGCUGAACAAGCCUUCCCAGCUUAAAGACUCUGAGGACAGUCUGUAUAAUGAUUAUGUGGAUGGUUUCUACAACACAAAACCUUAUAAGCACAGAGAUGACCGAUUGCUGCAAGCUUUGGUGGACAUUCUUAGAGACGAAAAUUAAAAUAAGCCUGUGGUCCUAAAUUGAAAAUAUUCACACUUCUUCAUUUUCCUUAGAUUCGCCUGUAUCUGAAGUGAUUGUUUUUGUCAUUACUAUGUUUAUAGUACUCAUUGUGGCACUUCUUUUUCUCCCUAAAGUGGUCAUUUGAAGGGAAUGAGUUUAUGUAGUAAAUCAAACUUGAAUGGAUCAAAGUUCCUUCAAAACUUGUCUUCCCUGUGUGUAAAAGUAAGAGUUGGUUCUUUCAGAAGCUGCACACUACCCAUGGUCCUCACACCACAUUCAAAUGCUUUCUUGAGUCCUCCCAUCUCAUUUCUUAAAAGAAAAGACAUUACCUGGAUGAGAGAUUACUUUGAAAAAGUAAUUGGAAAAAGAAUGAUAGAGAAAGAGAAUCGUUCCUACAACUUGUCUUUGCCAUGUGGUUAUUACGAUUUUGAUAUCAACAGAUACUUUGUAACUUCUCAGUGGAAGAGAUAAAUGUUAGAUCUAUCAUCUAGCUUUUCCCACUUCGAAGGACUUCUCUUUCAGAGAGUGGUCCUCUGGUUAGAUUGGAGAAAAGAUGGAUUAUUUUGAAUCCAGAAACAGAUAUUGUGAUGCAAAUUAUCUGGUUUGAACAAUUUAAGAACUUUCCUCUUUGCUUGGUGUACCAUGCAGAGGCCUCCAGGUAUCCAAAGGUAGCUCUGACUCGGGUCGAGUGCUCUCACCUGCCUCUGUUUUCGUUCUUUUAAAGGCUUUCAUUACCUGUCUCCUUUCUUAGCCACAAACUAAAUCCCAAGAGAGCUAUUUAUACCCAUUCUUGUGAACAAACCUAUGUUUGAGACUUGACAAAUUCCUAGAUAUAUAUUUGGUUAAUGAUAAUUAAGGAAAGAAGUCACAAACACAGAGAACCAUAGAUAAUAUAAUAACUGGAAAUGUUAAUGGGGGGAGCUAGUGGGAGGUUUUUCACCUGCUUGCUUUGUUUGAUAUAUCCUUUUGAACAGGAGUUUCUUUUUGUUUGGUUGGUUUGAGUUCACUGCUUCCAGAUCAACUUUUGUAGU